UGUUUCAUGGCAGACAUGGCUGAUAACAAAGCGCUGAAUGAAAACCUCAUUACAGACAAAUACUCAGAUUUUGCAGUUGAAAAACAUGAAACCAUAAAGAUAAAUGAUUGGUUUUAUUGUGAUUAUUGUGAUACUUACCUCACCCAUGACUCACCAUCUGUGAGGAAAACCCAUUGCAGUGGCAGGAAACAUAAAGAGAAUGUGAAAGAUUACUAUCAAAAAUGGAUGGAAGAACAAGCACAGAGCCUGAUUGAUAAAACAACGGCUGCAUUUCAGCAAGGCAAAAUCCCACCUACCCCAUUCUCUGCUCCACCUCCUGGGGGUGCAAUGAUACCACCACCACCUAAUAUCCCUGGUCCUCCACGGCCUGGUAUGAUGCCAGCACCCCAUAUGGGUGGACCUCCAAUGAUGCCAAUGAUGGGACCACCUCCUCCAGGAAUGAUGCCAGUUGGACCUGCUCCAGGAAUGAGACCACCCAUGGGAGGACAUAUGCCAAUGAUGCCAGGGCCACCAAUGAUGAGGCCUCCAUCCAGGCCCAUGAUGGCACCAACGAGACCAGGAAUGGCUCGCCCAGACAGAUAAAGUGGAAUUGGACCUACCAUCCUUUUUAGAUGUAUGCCUUUCUGAUAAGCUGUGGAAGUUGCAUUGCCCAAAUCAUCAUUUUUUUUAAUUUGCAACCUUAAAAUUGGGGGAGGGAGAGGGAGCCAGGGGGAAAAAAAACAUAAAUAUUGGACAGAUGCUUUGUAGCACUUUCCAAAUAAUUUUUCAUGUUCAUUGUUAGAAUAAAAUAUUGAUAAUUGGUUUCUCA